CGUUAGACUGCGUCGGCUCUGACGUAGCCUGCGUCGGCUCUGACUCAGCAGCUUAAAGGCUGGUGGCCCAGGUGAGUCCAGAGUAAUGUGCCAGAGUCCCCGACGGAGAUCACAACUGAUAAAAUAAUCAAGGAAGCAGACAACGCAGUUCAUAAGAACAAAGUCUGGAAGCGCAUCAUGACAAGGGGAAUGGGCAACAUGUCUUCACUGGUCUUCUUCACAGUGAGCAUGCUACUGCUCGCUGUUGCAUUUGUAAAUGUUAGUGCUGGCGGCUAUUAUCCGAAACCGCCCRGCUGCACGAAAGACAGCGAGUGUUCCUAUGGCGAGAAAUGUUGUACCGGAGACUGCAAGAAGGUUUCUUGUUGCUCCGAUGCCCACUGUGGCUAUGGACAAAAGUGUUGCAAUGGUGCCUGCUCCACUGCUGCGUGCUGUUCUGACAGCCAUUGCGGCUAUGGGAAGAAGUGCUGCGGCGGCCAGUGCAAGGAUGCCCAGUGCUGCUCUGACAGCCACUGCGGCUAUGGGAAGAAGUGCUGCGGCGGCCAGUGCAAGGAAUGCUGCAGCGAUAGCAACUGUGGCUAUGGAAAGAAGUGCUGCGGAGGAGUCUGCACUAGUGCUCAGUGCUGCUCUGACAGCCACUGCAGCUAUGGAAAGAAGUGCUGCGGUGGCCAGUGCAAGGAAUGCUGCAGCGACAGCACCUGUGGCUAUGGAAAGAAGUGUUGCGAAGGGGUCUGCACCAGUGCCCAGUGCUGUUCUGACAGCCACUGCAGCUAUGGCAAGAAGUGCUGCGGUGGACAGUGCAAGGAAUGCUGCAACGACAACAAUUGUGGCUAUGGAAAGAAGUGCUGUGAAGGAGCCUGCAGUAGUGCUCAGUGCUGCUCUGACGCUCAGUGCAGCUAUGGGAAGAAGUGUUGUGGUGGCCGCUGCCAGGUGAUCUGCUGCUAUGGCAGCGGUUGUGGUCCAGUAAAGAAGUGAUGCGGAGGGGUCUGCACAAAUGCUCAGUGCUGCGCUGACAGUCACUGCAGUUAUGGACAGAAGUGCUGCAGUGGCCAGUGCAAGGAGUGCUGCUCUAGCAGCCAAUGUGGCUAUGGAAAGAUUCUGAAGUGUUCUGGAGGCUCAUGGAAGAAGGUGGAAUGCUGCGCUAACAACGACUGUCCGUAUAGCAAAAAGUGCAUUAAUAACUGCUGUAAGAACUAGUAAGCGGGACACGGUCCACUACAAGACAAGAAUUUCAAGGCCAUAUCUGGGGGACAGUUUGAUAGUUUAGAAGAAAUGUAAAGCAACUGAAGUUGAACUGCAAGACU